GUGAAUGUUGUUAAUGAUGCCUGACUGAGUUUGUUAUACCACUGAGGUAAACACAUUAUAGCGUAUAAUAUUAAUUAGAGUGAACUAAGCUGGAAUUACUUCAUGAAAUGUCAUGGAUAAUUUUACUAAUGUUACUUUAUUAACUCUUGAAGGCUAUGUAGAGCUGGAAAAGUACAGAUAUGUCUAUUUUGUAAUUUCUCUUGCAGUGUAUUUGUUGAUUAUUUGUUGUAAUUCUGUUAUAGUUUCAAUAAUAUACUCAAACAAGUGUCUGCAUGAGCCGAUGUACAUAUUCAUCGCUGCUUUACUCUGUAAUGCUCUUUGUGGAACGUCUGGUUUUUAUCCUAAACUACUUAUUGAUUUACUGUCUGAAAGACCAGCUAUUUCAUAUGAAGGCUGUAUUUUUCAGGCCUUCUGGCUUUACACUUACGCUGCUGCAGAGUUUACACUGUUAUCAGCUAUGGCCUAUGAUAGAUAUGUUUCUAUAUGUAAACCUUUACAAUACGCCUCUCUUAUAAAAAUGUCUACAGUUAGAAAACUCUUAUUUAUCUGCUGGUUUUGGCCUUCCUGUCAAAAUAGCAUAACAGUAAUUUUAAUACACAGACUUCAGCUGUGUAAGUAUAGAAUGAUGAGAAUUUACUGUAGUAAUUAUGCAAUUGUUAAAUUAAGCUGUGGAGAUAUAACUGCAAAUAAUUUAUUCGGGCUGUUUAAUCUAACUGUUAUGGUGUUCCCACCAGUUAUCUUCGUAAUCUACUCCUAUAUUAGAAUACUUGACGUCUGUUUGAAGAAUUCAAAGGAUUUUAGAAGGAAAGCUCUACAGACCUGCUUCCCUCAUCUUACCAUAUUUAUCAUUUUUACUGUAACCGCCUGUUUUGAGGUGAUUAACAGCAGAUUAGAAGGAAAUGUUCCUCAUUUAUUCGCUAUGAUCAUGUCUGUUGAAAAUCUGGUUAUUCCUCCUCUGCUUAAUCCUGUUAUUUAUGGACUGAAAAUGCAGGAGAUUUUCAACAGAAUUAAGAAGAUGCUUCAGAAACGGAAGACGCACAUUUUUACAGAUUGAGGUUUUAGACUUUUUUGUAACAUUUUACAUAAAAGUCUAAAAAACUCACACAUAAAAAUGCAUUGUUAGAUGGACAACUGAUGUAUCAACUAAUGAUACAUGAUAAUUGACACUAGUAAAGAGAUAUUAUUAAAAAUUACUACAUUUUAUUGCUUGACAUGUGAGUAAAAACAUAUAUAUUUAAAGGGGAAAGGAUUAAUUCAAUUCUUAACUAGUGUCAAUUAUGAUGUCAAUGAUUAAUUGAAACAUUAUUAAAUAAGAUCCAUU